CCGCUGCAAAUAUGCAGCAGCCUGUACUCGAUCGUGUGUUCCCUCCGCACCGCGUGAACCUGCUGCAAAAAUCCCCAGAAAAACCACCAUUUCUGCCUCUGCCAAAACCAACUUCGUUUGGGCCACAGCCACACACCGUGUACGCACGCAUUCUGCCAUGAAGCCGCAGAGGCUGCCGCUGCCGCCCGUCCCCGCCGCGGCGCUCCUCCUGCUCCCCGUCGCACUCCUCGCCGCCCUUCUCUUGGUCGUCUACCCCAACGAGUUCGCCCUGCAGGCCUCGCUGGCCGGCGCCGCCGCAUGCGGCGAUCAUCAAGGCGGCGGCGGCGGCGGUGGCGUGCAGGCGGCCCCGGAGUUCCGGCUGCUGAUCGGCGUGCUGACCCUCCCGGCGCGGUACGAGCGGCGGCACCUGCUCCGGAUGGUGUACGCCCUCCAGCAGCCGGCGGUGGCGUCGAGGGCGCGCGUGGACGUCCGGUUCGUCUUCUGCCGCGUCGGCUCGCCGGAGGACCGCGUCCUGGUGUCCCUGGAGGCGAUGGCGUACGGCGACGUGGUGGAGCUCGACUGCCCGGAGAACAUGGACAACGGCAAGACCCACGCCUACUUCUCCAGCGUGCCGCGCCUCUUCGGCGGCGGCGAAGCCGCCUACGACUUCGUCAUGAAGGCCGACGACGACACCUUCUUCCGGCUGCCGGAGCUCGCCGAGUCGCUGUCGCGAGCGCCGCGGCGCGACCUCUACUACGGGUGCAUGGUGCCGUGCGACUACGUCCGCGGCUCGAACGAGUACAUGUCCGGCAUGGGGUACCUGCUGUCGUGGGACCUCGUGGAGUGGAUCGUGGCGGCGGCGGCGGAGAUCGAGGGGAGGACGGGCGGGCCGGAGGACCGGACGCUCUACUCGUGGCUCCGACGCGGCGGCAGGGGCAGGAACCGGGUGGACGUGAAGCCGGCCAUGUACAACUUCCCCGGGAGGCACCCGUGCUCGCACGAGUUCAUACCGGACACCAUCGCCGUGCACCAGCUCAAGGACAACCGCCGGUGGGCGAGGACGCUCCAGUACUUCAACUUCACCGCCGCGCUCAAGCCGUUCUACCCGGUGAUUUAGGUUGAUCGAUAUAUCGAUCUCGUGAGUUUUUACCGCAAUUGAAUUUUUUUUGUUGAGCCGAGUCAACUUCGGUUCGUGAGAUUUGUAUUCUUUUGAUUGUUGUAUACGUAAAGCUGCAAAUUAAACAUUUCUCGAUCCGUAGGAA